CGCGGCGGGGACACCGGGGGAACUAGACCCGCGGCGCAGAGCGGUGCGAAGAGCGCUCUGAAGCCGGGGCCCGGCGGUUCCAGAAGCCCCGGGGUCGGCUGGCGGUGUGACGUCGGGCGAGCUGCUGACUCUGGACAGUGGGUUCUCCACCAGUAAAACGGGAGUAGCACCGCCUGCCUCCCCCGCGGGUGGCUGUCACACGGGUUAACUGAGAUAAUGUAUGCGGAAUGCCCGCACCCCGGGGCGCCGAGGUGUGCACCAGCGUUCAUUCCUUUGCUCCCUCACCUGCUGCUCCUGGGGUUUUCUUGGGGCAAGGUGGGGGAAGACGUGAACGUAGGUAAUUGUACUGCGUUGCAUUAGAUGAGAAAACGUUGGGGUAGAGGUGGAAAUAGGGGAGCCGGCAGGAGAGAGAGUGAUUCUGGAUUGGGCGCGCUGGGGGGAAGUGGCUGGAAGCGGCGGCGCUUCAGGAUGGUAGGGUUUCAGCUGGUGGAGGUGGGGAGGGAGGACAUGCCGAGCCGGGGUGGUGCUGUCCUCUGAGAGCCGACCUGAGGAGGGAGACGCUCAAAAGCUUGUUAGCUCUCGAGUCUGACCUUCAAAGAUCGUCUCUGUUAUUUUGCUUUUUGUGUCGUGGAUUUCCGAGGAACCAGGUCUAGCCUGUUCAAAUGGAGCAACUGUCAGAUGAAGAAAUUGACCAUGGUGCUGAAGAAGACAGUGACAAGGAAGAUCAGGACCUGGACAAAAUGUUUGGAGCCUGGCUGGGGGAGCUGGACAAACUCACUCAGAGUUUGGAUUCUGACAAGCCCACGGAACCAGUAAAAAGAUCUCCUCUGCGCCAGGAAACAAACAUGGCCAACUUUUCUUAUCGCUUCUCCAUAUACAACUUGAAUGAAGCUCUGAAUCAGGGAGAAACUGUGGAUCUGGAUGCCCUGAUGGCUGAUCUUUGCUCGAUAGAGCAGGAGCUCAGCAGUAUCGGUGCAGGAAACAGUAAACGUCAAAUCACAGAAACAAAAGCCACUCAGAAGUUACCUGCUAGCCGACAUACAUCAAAACAUGGCACCUUGAAAGGACUGUCAUCUUCGUCUAAUAGGAUAACUAAACCGUCACAUGCCAACUAUUCCCUGGAUGACAUCACUGCACAGUUAGAACAGGCCUCCUUGAGCAUGGAUGAGGCUGCCCAGCAAUCUGUACUAGAAGAUACUAAGCCCCUAGUAAUGAAUCAGCACAGAAGAACGGCUUCCGCGGGCACAGUGAGUGAUGCUGAAGCACACUCUGUUAGUAACUCCUCUCGUUCCAGCAUCACUUCCGCAGCCUCCAGCAUGGACUCUUUGGAUAUCGAUAAAGUAGCACGCCCUCAAGAACUGGAUUUGACACAUCAGGGGCAGCCAAUUACUGAGGAAGAACAGGCAGCAAAAUUGAAAGCUGAGAAGAUCAGAGUUGCCCUAGAGAAAAUUAAAGAAGCACAAGUGAAAAAGCUGGUGAUUAGAAUCCACAUGUCUGAUGAUAGUUCUAAGACAAUGAUGGUGGAUGAGAGGCAGACAGUGAGACAAGUGCUGGAUAACCUGAUGGACAAAUCCCACUGUGGGUACAGUUCAGACUGGUCACUAGUGGAAACCAUCUCUGAGUUACAAAUGGAGAGAAUCUUUGAAGAUCAUGAAAACUUGGUUGAAAAUCUUCUUAAUUGGACAAGAGAUAGCCAGAACAAGCUUAUAUUUAUGGAGCGUAUAGAAAAAUACGCACUUUUCAAAAACCCACAGAAUUAUCUUCUGGGGAAAAAGGAAACAGCUGAGAUGGCAGAUAGAAACAAAGAAGUGCUGUUGGAGGAAUGUUUCUGUGGAAGCUCUGUGACUGUGCCAGAAAUUGAAGGCGUCCUGUGGCUGAAGGAUGAUGGCAGGAAGUCCUGGAAGAAGCGUUGCUUUCUCCUGCGGGCAUCUGGUAUCUACUAUGUCCCCAAAGGAAAAGCGAAGGUCUCUCGGGAGCUGGUGUGCUUUCUCCAGCUGGAUCAUGUCAACGUGUACUAUGGACAGGACUAUCGGAACAAGUAUAAAGCUCCUACAGACUAUUGCCUAGUGCUAAAGCAUCCACAGAUCCAGAAGAAAUCUCAGUACAUCAAGUACCUUUGUUGUGACGAUGUGAGGACCCUGCACCAGUGGGUCAAUGGCAUCCGCAUCGCAAAGUACGGGAAGCAGCUCUACAUGAACUAUCAAGAAGCCUUGAAGAGGACAGAGUCGGCUUAUGAUUGGACUUCUUUAUCCAGCUCCAGCAUUAAAUCAGGAUCCAGUUCUUCCAGCAUCCCAGAGUCUCAGUCAAAUCACUCUAAUCAGUCUGAUAGUGGAGUGUCUGACACGCAGCCGGCAGGCCACGCCCGCUCCCAGAGCGUCGUGAGCUCCAUCUUCUCUGAGGCCUGGAAACGGGGCACACAGUUGGAAGAGUCCAGCAAGGCCAGAAUGGAGUCCAUGAAUCGGCCCUACACGUCACUGAUGCCCGCUUCAUCCCCACAACCUAAGCUGGUCACCCCCUACGCUGCCUCCCAGCCCUCACCGCCUCUCCCGCCGCCGCCGCCGCCGCCCCCUCCUCCCCCACCACCGCCCCCACCACCGCCCCCUCCUCUGCCCAGCCAGUCUGCACCCUCGGCCGGCUCCGCGGCCCCCACGUUCGUCAAGUACAGCACGAUCACCAGGCUGCAGAACGCGUCUCAGCAUUCGGGGCCCCUGUUUAAGCCGCCACCGCCCUCGGUGCUGCAGCCUCUGUCCUCCGCCUCACAGUCAGGGAAGCCUCAGAUCCUGGUGCCUCCUAACGGGGUUGUGCCCCCGCCUCCGCCGCCACCCCCGCCGCCCACUCCGGGCUCGGCCAUGGCCCAGCUGAAACCCGCGCCCUGCGCCCCGUCCCUUCCGCAGUUCGGCCCCCCUGCGCCACCACUGAAGAUUCAUCACGUUCAGCAUGUUACUCCAGCGGCUCCUCCGACAGCCCCCCCACCUCCCGUGCCUGCACCCCUCCCUCCCCAGGCCCCCCCCAAGCCCCUCGUGACCGUGCCCCCGCCAACCAGCACCAAGACUGUGCUACCCCUUGCGAUACAAGCUGUGCCACCGACAUCUACUCCUCCAGUCCCCCCAGCAAAAAAGCAGCCAGCUUUCCCUGUUUCUCACAUCCCUCCCUCUCCCCCCGCCCCUCCCAGUCCAGUACCCCCGCCUACGCUACCCAAGCAGCAGAGCUUCUGUGCAAAACCGCCUCCCUCCCCGCUGUCCCCGGCGCCCUCGGUCGUGAAGCAGAUAGCCAGCCAGUUCCCGGCCCCUCCCCCGGGGGAGCCGCAGCCCCUGAAGCCCACCCCAGCGGGUGCGGCGCCGCAGUCCCCUCCUGCCGUGAAGGCCAAACCCAAGUGGCAACCCAGCGCCGUCCCUGUCCCUUCUCCGGAGUUCCCCCCUCCUCCUCCUGAGAGCAGCCUGGUGUUCCCUCCUCCUCCCCCGGUCCCGGCCCCGGCCUCGCCGCCGCCGCCCCCGCCGGCCACACCCGCAGCUGUUCCCGCCCCCGACAAAAGCGGGUCUCCAGGCAAAAAGGCCGCUAAGACGGCCAGCCCCGGGGCGAAGAAGCCGCCCCCGACGCCGCAGCGGAACUCCAGCAUCAAGUCCGGCGGCGGCGCCGAGCCCCCCGAGCCCAAGAGGCCCUCGGUGGACAGUCUGGUCAGCAAGUUCGCGGCGCCGGCAGAACCGUCGGGGUCUCCCAGCAAGGAGAGCCCGCCGCCUCCUGCGGCGCCCCCCAAGCCCGGGAAACUCAGUCUCUCCGGAGUGCACCUGCCGGGCGUGCUCCCGGGGGGCGUGUCCGCGAAAGCGCCGGGCCUGGGCGCGCGCGGGAGGGACUCGGGGCCUGAGUUUCCCUCCCCGCCGUCCGACUCGGACUUCCCGCCCCCUCCGCCCGAAGUAGAGCUCCCGCCGCCCCCCGUGGAGAUCCCGGCCGUGUUCUCGGGAGGCGCUUCUCCCAAGGUGGCCGUGGUCACCCCGCAGCCGCAGCCGUGGGCCAAGGCGUCCGUGAAGAAGGCCCCGCCGCCCACGCGCCCCAAGCGCAACGACAGCACGCGCCUCACGCGCGCGGAGCCCCCCGAGCAGCCGGCGGCCGCCGUGCCCCCCGCGCCCACCUCGCCCAAGUCCGGCCUCGGUGUCCAGCCCGCCUUCCUGGCCGACCUCAACAGGACCCUGCAGCGGAAGUCCAUCACCCGGCACGGCUCCCUCUCCUCCGCCCGAGUGUCCAGGGCGGAGCCCACGGCCACCAUGGAUGACAUGGCGCUGCCCCCGCCGCCCCCCGAGCUGCUUUCUGACCCGCAGAGAGCUGCUUACGGAGGCAGUCACAUCUCAGGCUAUGCAACCCUGCGGAGAGGGCCCCCUCCGGCACCCCCCAAAAGAGACCAGAACACCAAGCUCUCCCGAGACUGGUGAUUUUAGGACUUUAUUCCCACGCUAGCUGUCAUCAGUCCUCCAGUCAGCUCACCCGAUCAUCUGUGAAUUCAGGUGUUCAGAGCCUCCUGGUCUGACGUCGUCGUUUGGGUCGUGUCCAGCGGUGUGUAUGUGUGCGUGUACACACAGCUAUACAUUGUGUAUGUAUAUGUAUACAUAUAUGUAUGUGUAUAUGUAUAUAUAUAUAGCUGAGAGUGAUUCUAUUUAUUCCUUUUCUCUCCUAAUCUGAAAAUGGGUUUUGUGUAUUUUGGGUGGAAGAGGCAUGGAAGGCGAUGUGUGUCCUGUCCCUUAUGAUUUCUAUUAUCUGUCAUGUGGAUUGGACCAAACACUUUUAAUGAGUUAUUUAGAAGGUAUUUUAUAAGUGUCCAUUUGCGGCCUACCUGUGCAUGUUGUGUAUUAUAUAUUAAGGAAUAGAUGUAUAAUGUGCUGAUUCUCAGUUUGAGAAGACAACCAGAAUGUUGGGUGUAUCUGUGGGGCUUUUGUGUUGGUUUUCUCCCCAGCUGGCUGAAGUUAAGAGCUGCUUGACCGACACUUCAUGACUGUUCAUAAAGGGCACUUUAAAUCAGGAAAGUCUCAGCCUCGUAAAACGGGUUAAUGGUGCAGUAUGGGGCGCCCACAGGCACUCUCUGUACAUGGUUGUGCACAGACAGUACCUUCACGGGGCGACUAAACCAUGGGAGCCGCAGUCCUGCUGCAGGGGCCCCGCCCGGAUCUGGGAGGCAUUCUGUCACAGGUAAGCUCUGCCCACAAUACAUGGAUCAUUGAGUGCUGGGAUCCGGACAGCUUUCUGUCCUUUUCCUGAGCUUCGUGAAGCUUCAUGCGUGGCUUCAUGAUCCUUGCUUUGAUUCAUUCUAAGAGAAUACCCGACAUGAUACCCUUGGAAUGCUCUGUCCCAGUGUGUCUCUGGGUCACCAGUUAUUCUCUUAUAGUGUGUGCUCGAGGUAGAUGUUAUUAGAUAUCUGUAGACAACUGCUCUCUCAAACAUAGACAUCCUGUGUCUGAUACGGUGCAUCAUUAUGGAAAACAAAAUCACCUUCUGAAAUGCAUCUUUAUGUGUAUUGUUCUCUAGAAGGAUGGGUGAUUAGAAAAGAGAACAAAACUGGCCCCUGUGCAGCUGUCAUUAAUCAGGUUAUAUAUGGAUUGUAAUGUGUAACAGAAAGAAUUCAUGUAAGUAUGGGACUUUCAUGGAGGGGGAAAAAAAAUGAGGUUGUGGACAGUUUCAUCCAUAGCUACUGGAGCACACGAGGACCCUUGCUGCUUGUAGCCUGGUUGUGGAGCUGUGACCAGGUCACCAGGUGUUCUGAUGGAGUGGUCUAGUCCAGGUACACUAAGUGACAUUACGUAACAUGCAUGUGCAAAUUCGUACAACAUGGAAUCAUGCUCUGAUGACACACUAUAAUUCUGUAUGCUUCACAUUAUACUUCAUAUUGUUUUCUUGUGAAUUUUCCUUGGUAUAUGAGAGAAAUGUGUACAUCUCAUCAAUUUAUGAUGAUAAAUUGACCAUUAGGAAUAAAAUGCAAUCUCAGAGCUGCUCUUAAACCAUAGAAUAAAAACUAGCCAUCCCAGCAAUGACAAAUGAGCACAUCUUGGAGUGAAAGUCUAUGCCUGUUGUGAAUAAGGGUUACCAAGGAAAAAGUGGGGCAGAUAGUAAUAACUCAAGCCUAAGUGGAAGCUGUGCUGUGUCCCUGGCCAUCCCUGUAACCGGCUCUCCAGGAAGGGCUGCAUCAGAGAGAAGAUAGUGGCACCUCCCCCCGCCACAUCUCCAGGAUGUGAGUCAGUACAUUCAUGUGGUUACAGAGCAAUAAGAAUAUACACCAGUGUGCAUUUUUAAAGCCCUGCUUCUUUAAAAGACACUUUGUGGAUCUUUCAGUUGUUAACAAAGUUUUGUGUGCUUGAUAUUCUUAUGCUUGUGAAGUGACCUUGAACACAUCUGCAUUGUUAUUCAAGCAUGCACACCAACGUGGGUUACGCUUGAGUCCAGAUUGCCAGCUCCACUGUGACUCAGGAGUGAAGUCCCUUCCCAUCAUCUUCUGCCUGCAGCUUUGUAUUCUAAAGAUCACUCUUAUUUGUGGGGUAAAGAGUUACUAUGAAUCCAAUGAUAGAAAUAUGCAUCACUAGGAUUUUUUGUUGGGGUGGCGGUGGUCUUUUUAAAUAUGAAAGUGGACAACUUCAGCUUUCCUUGAAGGAAAAGAACAAUGCUUCCCCUCCAUCUUCCUGCACCCAUGAUUUGAGCCCUCAGUUACAGCCUUUGUGUUUCCAGUGCGGGAUCUGCUGGGACUCCUUGCUCGCGUCAAUCCUGAUAGCCAUCCUGAACCGAUACUUUAGUGUCUCCUUUUCCUAAACGAGCAGAUGUCCUUUAGAACACUAAGGACACCAAGAAGAGGGCAGGGCCAGAGGAGGGUCCGUGUCACGUCUACCCCAGUCCAGCGGCUUGUGUGACAACAGGCUGUUUCCAUUUCUCCAAAGACAGAAAAGGCUAUUAAUCAACUUAGUUUUUUUCCUUUGUGUGUGAAACAACUGCAUCAAAAAAAACCAAAAUAUUUUAGAUUUUACUUUCAGUGUUUUACUCCCUAGUGGGGUUUCCUUUAAUUUGAAUUUUUGUUGGGAUGUGGUUUUGUGGGGGUUUUGAGACUACUCUGGUUUUUUUUUUGUAGCUGUUCUCUUGGUGUUCAUGGAAACACCUACUGCCAUGUGACACUAGGACUGUGC